AUGCUUCCAAUUCUAAUUCUCACCUUUAUUACGUUGGCUCGAUAAGAAACAACCAAACUUAAUUUUUCAUAGUUUGAUGAACCACUCAAAAUCAAAUAAAUCUACUAUUUAACACGCUUCAUAGAUUUAGAAAAGUCACUAAAUUUGACAACGCAAUAAACCCAAGAAAAUGCCAAUUUUGCAUUAGAAUUGUGGAUCAACACUGAAAAUGUCCUAAAUCAGACGACAAAUAAAACAAGCAACCAUUCAAUUUUAAACAUCAUAGACAAUAAAUAAUUUCAAAGCAUUAUUCCAUAAGAUCAAGAAGGAUUGCAAGCAACAGAGUAAUAUAUUGAAUAGUGGCAAAACUAAACAGAUGAUGAUAAAAGUAUAAUCUUAUAGAUUGUCAUUCAAAACAUUAAUGAAAUGAUUUAAUCAGAAGAUCCUGAAAACUAUAACCAAACUAUUUUGAUUGAACAAAUCUCUAAUCAAACCAACAUCCUUGAUGAAAAUAAGAAAAACAUAAAUACAACUACAUACAUUUCUCCUUUGACUUGGUAGCAUGCAAAUGUAAGUUAGGAAGAAAUGGCAAUAGCAUAUUUUUUUUAUGAUACCAAAAUCAAAAAUCUCACAGUCUAAGAAGAGUUCAAUAAUUUGACUACCCAAGAUGCUGCUGCUUUAAUAAGUGCGUUUGAAAAAUUCUUUGUUAAUACUAGUAAAAAUCAAAAUACAACCUCAAAUACUAAUACAUCAACCAAUAUUAGCUCAAAAGGAGAAAAGCCUAUUGAAAAAGAAGAUGAACUUCCUUUCCCUUAGUCCAAUAAUGAUAGCGAAGAUCCAAUUUAUAUGUAUUUGGUGUUUGCUUUAAUGUUCUUCAUGUUGAUAGCUAUCUUGUUCCUUUUGAGAAGGUAUUUGAUAUAGUAAAAACUCAUUACCUUCUAAAUGAAUGAGGAAUCCAAUGUUUAAGGAUUCCAGGCCUGA